AUGCAACCUUUUGAUCCUUAUGACAAAAAGAAUGUUCACGAGUCUCAAUUGUUGGACUAUCUUAGAGGGUGUGACAAGAAGAUUAUCAUACCUACUUCAACCAAGGUUAAUGUACUCAGGCGAAUGGUUGCCGAGCGAAUGAAGGCCGCAGGUCAAGAUGAGUUAUAUCGUGCCAGCCAUACAGACCCAGAGGGCCGACGAAGAAGCUCUCGGAUUCAGGCCAAGGAAUUAUUAAGUGCACAAGACACUGGAAGUAGUAAGGGAGGGGCCAACUGUUGGCAAGGCUUGCCGGUGUCAAGAGCAAAACCAAGAAAAUGCAAGUUUUGGAUCAAGAAACUCUUCAAUUGUGCUUACAAUCUGGCUGAUCAAUCUGCAGCUCAUUGCAUCAUAUAUAAUUUAGAUCCCGAAAUGAAGAACCAGUCGAUGACUCUUAGAACUCAAGUUCCACCGCAUCAGAAACAACUGCCCAAGACUCAGACUCCGCCGAAUCAGAAACAGCCGGCCAAGACUCGGGCUUCACCGCAUCAGAAACAGAAACCAAGAUCACGUCCAGGCGGCCCCAAACUUGAUUGGCCUUCAAAGAUCUGCAUUAAUCGGCCAAAACAAAAGCGAGACAACCCAGUCAAGCUCAAAUCAAUCACAUCAGAAUUCCCAGACGAGAAGUGCGGCAAAAAGGUAGUGAUUAGCAAUACCUCAGACAAUGCUACUCAAUCUACUGGUAGAUCAUCCUCAGAUGAAUUGUCCGAUUCAACCGAUGAUUCAGAAGAAGGCGAACUUGGCAGGAUUGCAGAAAUGUCCAUCUCUGAUGAUAAUUCUGAACGAUUGGAGCUCUCCUCAUCGGAUGGUCAGAACUUAUCAAUCGAAGAAUUCAUGACUGACCUUGGCGAUAAUGAUGGUAAAUCCGACCAACUUGCUGAAGUCUCUACAGCAGUGGUCAACUUGGGCACUCCAACCACCCUUUCCAAGUUCGAUCAUCUUCAAUUAUCUCCAGAGAUCCCAGACCUCCCGUCACCUUUGUGCGCUCCACCGCCAGUCCUCUUGUCCAACAAUCCCGAAACACCAACCUCAGAAUUCAAUGAAGGCGUUGCUGGUCCAUCAAACCUAGUCCCCAGUCUAGACCUGGGAUUUCUCGAGCCAAUCUUUACUGAGCAGCGGGAGGCAAUGUCAAAGUUUGCCCAUGAUAUUGCAGAACUGGUUGAUAUUGCGAUUGACAAGCUCCGAGAACAGAGCCCCAAUGGGUGUCAGGAUGAAGCAAAUGAUACCAUCUCCCAGAACAGCUGGGUACAUGUUUCUACCGACAAGCAGCCAUGUGUCUUAGCCACUGCUCAGAAUCCUGAUUUGUAUUUGGAUCGACAUCCAAUUAAGAGUAACGUCCAAGACAAAGAAGAUAACAAAUCUUUGGAAAACGACACAAUUCAUGAUGAAAUCAGCUCAACUUCGUCCAUCAUUGUGCAUUUUCAGAGCUCUUGUCAAGAAAGGAGAUCGCCCGAGGGAUCCAUUGCCACAGGGGGCUCUGAAAUGGGUUUUGAAGCCACUUCUAGAACCGAUGAAGUUGAUGAUGAUAUUGCUUUGGAAAGCACGAAGAGUGAUCACAAAGAAGCAGCCACCGAAUUUUUCCAGACAGGUCAAAUUUGCGGUAAGAUUUGA